GGCGGGGCGCGACAGAACGUUAGCAGCGCUAGGUGCAAUAUAGCCGAUCGUUGAUCGCCGGUGCACGGACAUUUGUGCGAUAUCCGCUUGUGUACGACGUGAUCUAACCGGAUUUUCCUUACGCGCUUACGGUUGCGGAGAAAAGCGCGACUCUACUUUCUCGCCUGACGUUUGUCUAACGGUCGGCGAAGAUCCGGAGAAUAUCGGACGAAAAUGGCCACGAAAGUCUGCUACGUCGCGAUCCUCGUUGCAUUGUUGGCCAGUGCUCAUCCGGGGGCGAGUGCUCCGGAUUGGAUGAGAGAAUUGAACGAACAAAUCAGUGCUAUGACUCGCAAUAUUCAACGGCAGACGCAAGAAUUAACCCAACAUGUGAAUUCGCAAAUAGAGAAUUCAUUGCGACCGGCGCUCGCAGAAGUCGACAAAGCAAUUGCAAACCUACCGAAAGAUGCACAAGGACGUAUAAUAACAAGUGGAAGUGUAAUAACAAAUGGCGGCAAAAUCACAAGAUACAGCUAUGUAAAUGGUAAGUCACAAACGAUCGAGUCCGGUCAUACGCCAGAUGGAGAACCGUACGUGCGUCGGAUUGAGGAAGAAAACGAUGGGAAAUAUCUUUAUCACAACGAGGUUUCUUUCAAUCCAAGAACUAAUGCCACCGAUAAGAUUCGCUGGAAGCUGAACCUCACCACUCCAGGUGCCAUACCCGAAAUCAUCACAGACGAAAAGUAAAAACGAUACAUUCUCGUUUUUAUGUUCUAUAUUAUAGUAUAUAAUUUGCAUUGCUUAAACCUUAUAUAAAGGAAUUAAGAUAAGUUCAUAAUUGAUUAGAAAAAAAGAAGAUAAAGCUACAACUGUAAAGCUUUCGACAACAAAAUAAAUAACGAGAGAAAUUAUGAAUCACGAUAAUCGCAGAAUAUUAUUGAAUUUUUGUUCGUUAGAAUUCGAUGGCAAUGUCAGAAAAAUUUGUUUUUCUCAUCUAUUCUCUUAAGAAGAUACGUCGAAAAACGUUGAUAAGCGUGUAGUUUGUACGCUUCGCGGAAUAUCGUUAUCUGUCAUGCAGAGAGGACGUAAACUGAUCGUAAAAUGCGACAGUAAAAUCGUGAGUUAUGCGGUGGGGAAAGUCACACCAUUAUCGAGUUACGCAAAUCGACGAAACGCGAAUACGGCUAAUUUUUUAUUAUAAUUCUGUAAGAGGAAAUUUGAAAUAACAAAUUUCAAUUAAAAUAUGCACUGGCAUUAUCGACUUUGCGGUAUCAAUAUCGAUAUCCGUUCAUUGUGGUUUCCUACUAUGUAUGUUCAGCUGAAUAACCACUCGUUGUGACAAAGAAUUCUCCCACUUGUGUACUUUGGCUACAUUGCGAAUAAAGCCCUUCUCGAUUAAAACGCUCGAUAAAAACUCUUACCAAUGUUUUUAUGUACUAUUCAUUGUUGGUAAAACUGAUUAUUUGCUACUUAAUAAAUCUGAUUUUAGCACAUUAGUUUUUUUUACUUUUUUUUCAAAUAAACGCAAUAUUAAUUUUGUUUAAAAGUUAUAAUUAUCAUGUAAAACGACGACAUAAAUUUAUGUUCUUUUUAAUGUCUACUCAGCGUUUUAUGCUGAAAAAGAAUGUUUACUAAGGCUAUUAACGACAGUUAACGUAAAUGACUGAAUAUUUUCACGCAUUUUUAUGAAAGAGUUGCAAGUGUUAAAGGACGGAAUCGCGUCAUGUAUUUUUUUUAAUAUACAGACAGAAAACCUAUCAUUUAAUCAUAAUAGAAACACGAGUUUCAAUUGAGCAAGGCAAAGAAAAGCGAUGAAUAAAAAAAUGGGAAUAAAUUUGCACGCGAAAGAGGUUUGACCAAUAAAGAAUCAUUUGUUACGA